AUGUUCUCCUCAGUGAAAGCUUAUGAGGGCCAGCACUACGCCUCACUGAAGAAACAGUGUCUGCAGAGCGGGCUGCUGUUUGAGGACCCCCGCUUCCCCGCCGUGGAUGAGUCCCUCUUCUACCUGGGCAACAGGAUCGGACGGGUGGUCUGGAAGAGGCCGAGGGAGCUGUGUGAUGACCCUCACCUGUUUGUGGACGGAAUCAGUGCCCAUGACCUGCACCAGGGACAGCUGGGAAACUGCUGGUUUGUGGCAGCCUGCUCCAGUCUAGCCUCUAGAGAGUCUCUUUGGCAAAAAGUCAUUCCGGACUGGAGGGAGCAGGAGUGGGAUGUCGAGAAGCCGGAUUCCUACGCCGGGAUCUUUCACUUCCGGUUCUGGCGCUUCGGGGACUGGGUGGACGUCGUCAUCGACGACCGGCUGCCUACGGUGGACAGCCAGCUGGUGUACUGCCAUUCCAACGACAGCAACGAGUUCUGGAGCGCUCUGGUGGAGAAGGCCUAUGCCAAGGUGUACGGUUGCUAUGAGGCCCUGGACGGGGGAAACACCGCAGACGCGCUGGUAGAUUUCACCGGGGGCGUGUCGGAGCCCAUGGACCUGCUGGAGGGCCAGUUCGCCCAGGACGAGGCCGCCCGGAACCAGCUGUUCGAGAGGGUUCUGAAGGUCCACAAUCGGGACGGGCUGAUCAGCUGCUCCAUUAGGGCGACCACCGUGGAGGACAUAGAGGCACGGCUCGACUGCGGCCUGGUGAAAGGCCACGCCUACGCGGUGACUGAUGUCAGGAAGGUUCGGCUGGGCCACGGGCUGCUGGCCUUCUUCAAGUCCGAGAAGCUCACCAUGAUCCGCAUGCGCAACCCCUGGGGGGAGAAGGAGUGGAGCGGACCCUGGAGUGACAGCUCCGAGGAGUGGAAGAAGGUCAGCAAGAGCGAGAGAGAGAAGCUGGGGGUCACGGUCCAGGACGAUGGAGAGUUCUGGAUGACCUUCGAAGAUUUUUGCCAGUACUUCACGGACCUGAUCCUGUGCCGGCUGAUCAACACCUCCUACCUGAGCAUCCACAAGACCUGGGAGGAGGCGGUGAUGCGGGGGUCCUGGGUGCAUCGGGACGACCCGCUCAGGAACCGCUCCGGAGGCUGCAUCAACCACAAGGCCACCUUCCUCCAGAACCCGCAGUACGUGUUUGACGUGCGGAAACCGGAGGACGAGGUUCUGAUCUGCCUGCAGCAGAAAGAACAGCGGGCUCGACCCAAAGAGGGCAAAGUGGACAACCUGGCCAUUGGGUUCGACAUCCACCGUGUGGAGCUGAACAGGAAGUUCCGCAUGCACUCGGCUCAGCAGAAGGUGGCAGGUUCGAUCUACAUCAACUCGCGCUGCGUUUUCCUGAGGAAGGAGCUGAAGGAGGGCCGCUAUGUCAUCAUCCCCACGACCUUCGACCCCAGCCAGCAGGGCGAAUUCCUGCUUCGAGUCUUCACUGAUGUGCCUUCAGACUGCAAAGAGCUGACCCUGGAUGAGCCAGCUCAGACCUGCUGGACCGGGAUGUGUGGCUACCCCCAGCUGGUGACGCAGGUGCACGUGCUUGGAGCAGAGGGACUACAGGGGCAGGACACCAACGGAGCCUCGGACCCGUACGUGAUAAUCUCCUGUGAAGGGGAGAAAGUGCGCUCUCCGGUCCACAAAGACACGUGCAGCCCGGACUUCGACAUCAAAGGCCUUUUCUACAGGAAGAGACCCAAGGAGGGCGUUCACAUCGAGAUCUACAAUAAGAAUGUGAUCGUGGACACCUUCCUGGGCCAGGUGACCCUGUUCAGCGAGCCGACUGACCGGCAGGAGCAGCACACGGUCCACCUGCGGGACAAGGGCAACCAGCAGAGCAGCGACCUGCCCGGCACGCUGACCGUGCGGCUGAUCACCUGCAGCGUGCUGACCAACAUCUGA